CGCUGUCACUCUCUCCCAUUCGCACUUGCAGUUGCAUCAACCCCAUCUCCCUCUUCCUCUUAUAAUUCAGAUCCCAAUUCCCAAAUCCCCAGUUCAAUUCGUUCCGAUUAAUCAAUCCAACACGCGCGCGUCCCAUGUCUUCCCCUUCGGACCCCAGAAACAGAUUACCUGAUUUUCUUCAGAGCGUGAAGCUCAAGUAUGUCAAGCUCGGAUACCACUAUCUCAUCUCACACCUCUUCACUCUCUGUCUUCUCCCUCUCAUAACCAUCAUAAUCAUCCAAGCAUCUCAAUUGAACACCCACCACCUAUGGCUUCACCUCCAAUACAAUCUCCUCACAGUCAUCGCUUUCUCCGCCAUUAUCGUCUUCGGAUCCACCCUCUACAUCAUGACCCGACCCCGAUCCGUUUUCCUUCUCGAUUACUCCUGCUAUCGCCCCCCUCACCACCUCCGCGUCCGCUUUCAACAGUUCAUGGACCACUCCAAACUCACCGGGGACUUCAACGACUCUUCCCUCGAAUUCCAGCGCAAAAUUCUAGACCGUUCUGGACUCGGCGAAGAAACCUACGUCCCCGAAGCCAUGCAUUCCAUCCCCCCCAGACCCUCCAUGGCGGCUGCAAGAGAAGAAGCAGAGCAGGUCAUGUUCGGCGCUUUGGACAAUCUCUUUGCCAACACCAAAGUUAAUCCCAAGGACAUUGGAAUCCUCGUCGUGAAUUGCAGCUUGUUCAACCCCACGCCUUCCCUUUCAGCCAUGAUUGUGAACAAGUACAAGCUCAGGGGGAACAUUAAGAGCUUCAAUUUGGGAGGCAUGGGUUGCAGUGCGGGUGUAAUAGCCGUUGAUCUUGCCAAAGACAUGCUUCAGAUUCACAGCAACACUUAUGCGGUUGUGGUGAGCACGGAGAACAUAACCCAAAAUUGGUACUUUGGGAACAACAAGUCCAUGCUGAUACCGAAUUGCUUGUUCCGCGUUGGUGGGGCUGCAGUGUUGCUCUCCAACAAGGGCUCUGAUAGAAGACGCGCCAAGUACAAACUUGUUCAUGUGGUGAGGACCCAUAAAGGUGCAGACGACAAGGCGUUUAGGUGUGUUUAUCAGGAGCAAGAUGAUAAUGGGAAAACGGGUGUGUCUUUGUCUAAGGAUCUAAUGGCAAUUGCUGGUGGGGCUCUCAAGACUAACAUCACCACGUUGGGUCCCCUUGUGCUGCCCAUAAGCGAGCAACUUCUCUUCUUUGUUACAUUGGUGGUUAAGAAGGUUUUCAAUGCCAAGGUGAAGCCUUAUAUACCCGAUUUCAAGCUUGCUUUUGAUCAUUUCUGCAUACAUGCUGGUGGGAGGGCGGUGAUCGAUGAGCUGGAGAAGAACCUUCAGCUUCUGCCCCACCAUGUAGAGGCCUCCAGAAUGACAUUGCACAGAUUUGGUAACACUUCCUCAAGUUCAAUUUGGUAUGAGUUGGCUUACACUGAGGCCAAAGGAAGGAUGAGAAAGGGUCACAGAGUGUGGCAAAUUGCUUUCGGAAGUGGGUUCAAGUGUAACAGUGCUGUGUGGGAGGCCCUCACACAUGUUAAACCCUCACCCAAGAGUCCCUGGGAAGAUUGCAUUCACAGCUACCCAGUUCAGAUUGCUGCCUAG